AUGGUGACGUCACUGCUGACGGAUAUGUACCAGCUGACCAUGGCGUACGCGUAUUGGAAGGCGAAGAAGCACAACGACCACGCCGUGUUCGACCUGCUGUUCCGCAAGAACCCGUUCGGCGGCGAGUACACGCUGUUCGCGGGGCUCGAGGAGUGCGUGCGAUUCGUCGCCAACUUCCGAUUCUCACAGGCCGACGUCGCCUACCUGCGCACCAUCAUGCCGCCCUCCUGUGAGGAUGUGUUCUUUGACUAUCUACUGACGCUCGACUGUUCCACCAUCCGCAUCAUGGCCCUGCCAGAGGGAUACGUCGCCUUCCCCCGCGUGCCGCUCAUGCGUGUUGAAGGCCCUCUCCUCGUGGCGCAGCUGCUGGAGACGACGCUGCUGGUGCUCGUGAACUACGCCUCGCUCGUCGCCACCAAUGCUGCUCGCCACCGGCAAGUGGCGGGGCCCAACAAGAUGCUCUUUGAGUUUGGACUCCGACGCGCCCAGGGUCCUGAUGGUGCAGUGUCGGCAUCGCGCUAUUGCUUCAUGGGUGGCUUUGAUGCCACCAGCAAUGUGGAGGCGGGGCGCAUCUUCAACAUCCCUGUCAAGGGCACUCACUCGCAUGCCUUCGUCUCCUCCUUCCUCGCGUUGGAUGAGAUCAAGGAGCGAGCGCUGCCAGCAGCAGAUGGCUCGCACGUGUGCCGUGACUUCGUGGCGCUCGUGCUCUCCUUCCUGCACCGCAUGCAGGAGAGUGAGAAGCUGAGGGACCUGUUUGCAGAGACCAAUCAGAGCGAGCUGGCGGCGUUUACCUCGUACGCGCUGGCCUUCCCCACGCACUUCCAGGCGCUUGUUGACACCUACGACGUGCUGCGCAGUGGAGUGCCCAACUACUGUGCUGUCGCCCUCGCACUGCACCAGCUGGGGUACCGGGCGGUGGGCAUUCGCCUGGAUUCGGGCGACCUGGCGUACCUGUCACAGCAGGCGCGCCUCUUCCUGCGCCAGUGUGAGGCGCUCUUCCAUGCGGACGGGCUGAGUGCUGCCGUGAUCACAGCCAGCAGCGACAUCAACGAGGCCACCCUGGAGGCCCUCAACAAGCAGGGCCAUGAGAUAGACGCGUUUGGCAUCGGCACGCACCUGGUGACGUGUGUGAAGCAGCCGGCGCUGGGGUGUGUGUACAAGCUGGUGGAGAUCAACGGCCAGCCGCGCAUCAAGCUCAGCCAGGACUUUGACAAGGUGACGAUCCCGGGCAAGAAGGCAUGCUAUCGGCUGUACGGCAGGGAGGGCUACCCUCUAGUGGACCUGCUCAUGAUGCCAUCGGACCCGCGCCCCCAGGUGGGCGAGCGCAUCCUGUGCCGGCACCCCUUCAGCCAGUCCAAGCGCGCCUACGUGGUGCCGCACCGAGUCGAGCCACUCUACCGCUGCUUCUGGAGGGGAAAGCAAUUCUCAUUACCGGAUGGGCAGGUGGAGGAGGAGAGUGAGGGGGUGGAGCGGCUGCCAGCGCUGGUGGAGGUGAGGGAGCGGUGCCGGCAGCAGAUCACAGGGCUGCGCCCCGACCAUAUACGCGGACUCAACCCCACGCCCUACAAGAUAAGUGUCACGGACAGGCUAUACAAUUUCAUUCAGGACCUAUGGAUGACAGAAGCUCCUGUUGGCCAGCUUGUUCCACCACUCACCACCUCUCGCCUCCAUCCUCCGCCCUCAUUCGCGCUGCUGCUUCGCGCCCUCCUCCUUCUCGCCGCGCACGUGCUUGCCCUUGCUGCCGCGUCUGCUCUCGAUGCGCCCCCGCUUAUACCAGCGGAGGCGACGGGCGGAGCAGGAGCGGCGACGGAGCGCGUGAACGCGAUAAUAGCGGCGGGCGACAGGAACGUGCGCAGUGCCGGGAAGGAGGUUGAGAGGCGACCUGGAGGAAAUGCAGGCGGAACGAGCCGGAAUGACGCGAAAGCUUCGAGAGUCUACAUCGUCCGUUUCCGCACAGCGCCCCCUGUCACCGCGUACACCGGUGGAUUUGAGGGCCUCAGCCCCACCGCCGUGUCGUCGCGAGGCCGCGGGAGAGGCAAAUUUGGGCGGUAUCGUUUGGACUCUAGUGAUAAGCGGGUGGUGGCGUACUCGCAGCACGUGCAAGCGAUGCAAGAUGCGGAGUUGGCACGGGGCGGCGUGGAUGCGGGGAAGCAGAAGCUGUACAGUUACACGUUUGCGCUCAACGGAGCAGCAGUGCGCCUCACCCCCGCGCAGGCGGCUGCUCUGCGCAAGCAGCCUGGCGUGUCGGCGGUGUCGGCGUCCGCGCGGCUGCAUGCGCGCACCACGUACACGCCGUCGCUGCUGGGGCUGCGCAACCGCAUGUGGCGGUGGCAGGACGAGCGGGGCAGGGUGCUGAAGGGGGAGGACGUGAUCGUGGGCGUCAUCGACACGGGCGUGUGGCCCGAGAACCCCGCCUUCACCAACCAAGUCUCCCCUCCAUAUGGCCCCGUUCCCGCGCGGUGGAAGGGGGGGUGCGGCAGGGAGAAUGCGGUGGACUUCCCGGCGCGGCUGUGCAACGGCAAGCUGGUGGGCGCGCGGUUCUUCAGCAAGGGCUUUGCGGCGGACGGCCCGGUGGACUGGCGGCGAGACUACGCGUCGCCCAGGGACGUCGUGGGCCACGGCACGCACACCUCCAGCACGGCAGCGGGCAACCAGUGGAACCAAGUGACCCUGGGCAACGUGACGUUCGGCACCGCCAGUGGCGUGGCGCCCAGGGCCCGCGUGGCCGUUUACAAGGUGGUGUGGGCGGGCAAGGACGGCAGCUACAGCGCGGACACGGCGGACGUGGUGGCGGCGAUCGAGGCGGCGAUGGCGGACGGCGUGGACGUGGUGAGCCAGUCGCUGGGCAAGAUGUUCUCGUCGCCCUUCGACGCCGACGAGAUCGCCUUCCUGCACGCCGCUCAGGCGGGCAUCUUCACGGCGGUGGCGGCGGGCAACAUGGGCGGGCAGCUGCUGAGCAUGCUGGACCACCCCGCGCCCUGGUACACCACCGUCGCCGCCAGCGAUACUGGGCGGCGCUACGCCACAAAGCUCACGGUGGCGGGCAACCGCACCUUCGUGGGGCUCUCCUUCGUGGGCCAGCCGCCUCUCACCAAAGCCGCGCACGCUGCCGCGGGACCCGCGGUGUUUCCCCUCGUGGAAGGGGAGGCUGCAGUGGGUGCAGGGCGAUCGAAAGCGCGGGCGCGCUACUGCGAGGCGGGGUCGCUGGACGGUGGCAAGGUGAGGGGCGCCAUCCUAGUGUGCAUGCGUCGCGACUCAGACAGCGUCGACCCUGACCGCGCUACUGAUACACUCGCAAUCAGCCGCGUGGCGGCCGCUUACGGGGCAGCGGGCGUGGUGAUCGUGAACGCAGCCCCCAAGAUGGGUACAGCUGCUGUGCUGCAUGCCAUCCCAGCAUGCCACUUGAACGUGUGGGCCAUGCAGCCCCUGCUGGCGUUGCUGCGCAGCACCACCAGCCCCCUGGGGUCCCUGUCCGCUGCGCUCACAGUGUACGGCGAUGCGCCCACCGUCGCAGCCUUCUCGUCCACGGGCCCAGUGGAGGACCUGGAGGGGGCGGCGGGGCGCGCCUUUGGGCGCCAGUUGAACGACGUGGUGAAGCCCGAUGUGGCGGCGCCGGGCGUGGAGAUAUGGGCCGCGUGGACGCAGUCCGUCAAGCAGGACGCGCUCAGCACCAUUGCCCCCGGAGUGGUGAGAGCAGCAGCGUCGGCGUUCAACGUGAACAGCGGCACGUCCAUGGCCACCCCGCAUGUGGCGGGCACAGCAGCUCUGCUCAUACAGGCGCACCCCAACUGGAGCCCCUUCGCCGUCAAGUCUGCCAUCCAAACCUCCGCCUCUGCACGCACGCGCUUUGGCCGACCCAUCCCAACAGAGUCAGGGCGCCACGCCUCCCCGUUUCACAUGGGCUCCGGGCACUUGACCCCCACAGCUGCGGUGAAUCCAGGUUUGGUGUAUGAUGCCACGUCAGCAGAUAUGAUCCGGUUCUUGAUUUCUGUGGAUGAGCUCAAGACCAGGAAUACGGGUUUGCUUGGGUCCUUACCACGAGGGCUUGCUCAGCAGCCUCUUCCUACAUACAACCUGAACCAAGCAAACAUUGCUGUGAGCGCAUUGAAGGGAGGGGUGGUGGUGACGAGAACAGUGCGAGAUGUGACGGGCAAGAGGUCUGUGUACAAGCCGACAGUCGUGGCACCACAAGGUGUAGCUGUCGAUGUGAGGCCGGAGUUGUUGGUUGUGGAGCCUUGGUCUACUGCAAUAUACAACGUCAGUUUCCUGGUGCAACAGGCCUCUCCGUCCUUUGCAUUUGGAAGCUUGUCAUGGACUGAUGGAGUAUACACUGUUAGAUCUGUAAUUGCUGUCCAGCCGCUUGCGAAAAUUGUAGGAAGUAGGAGCUAA